CCACCACAGCCACACACCUCACAGGUAGGGAGGGGAGGAGAGAAGAGGAGGAAGCCGAGCGGCGGCAGCGGCGGCGGCGAUGGUGUCCCUCAAGCUGCAGAAGCGGCUCGCCUCGAGCGUGCUCAAGUGCGGCAAGGGCAAGGUCUGGCUCGACCCCAAUGAGGUCAAUGAAAUCUCCAUGGCGAACUCUCGCCAAAACAUCCGCAAGUUGGUCAAGGAUGGCUUCAUCAUCAGGAAGCCCCAGAAGAUCCACUCCAGGUCACGUGCUCGCAGGGCCCAUGAGGCGAAGCAGAAGGGACGUCACUCUGGAUAUGGUAAGCGUAGGGGUACCAGGGAGGCUAGGCUUCCAACCAAGAUUCUGUGGAUGAGGAGGAUGCGUGUGCUCAGGCGUCUGCUCCGCAAGUACCGCGAGGCAAAGAAGAUUGACAAGCACAUGUACCAUGACAUGUACCUCAAGGUCAAGGGUAACAUGUUCAAGAACAAGCGUGUGCUUAUGGAGAACAUUCACAAGUCAAAGGCUGAGAAGGCUAGAGAGAAGACGCUUGCUGACCAGUUCGAGGCUAAGCGUGCCAAGAGCAAGGCAAGCCGUGUAAGGAAGAUUGCCAGGAGGGAUGAAAGGCUCGCUCACGGCCCAGUUGACCACUCAGCACCAGCACCCGCACCUGCAGCAGCAGCUCCUGCUCAACCUGCAGCGGCACCAAAGAAGGCGAAGAAGUGAAGAUCUGACGUUUAAAAGUGUUCUGUUUACUGAGUGAAAUCUGUUUCGUCUUAGCUAAAUUUUGAAGUAUGAACCGUUUUGUUCAGUAUUUAAGUAUCUUUGUCCCAGAUACCCUGGAUACCAUGUUUCAUGCUACUGGAUGUAGUAUUAGAUGCUUAUGCAAAGUAUCGUUCAUGAACUUGCUGUUUAA